CCCGACAUCAUCAGGGCCAUGUCUAAGAAAUAUCGGCCCGCCUCUGCUGUCAGCUUGGACGGCUUCCACUGCCGUCAUUUCAGCCUGCUCUCUGACGAGGCUCUGAUGGCCAUGUCUCUGUGGUUCUCGGUCAUGGAGGCCACGGGGUCCCUGCCUGUCCAGCUCUCUUGGGUGCUGGUCGCUUUGUUGGCCAAGCCUUGUGGGGGUUUCCGACCCAGUGGGAUCUUUUCGAGCUGGUACCGCGUCUGGGGCAGGUGCCGCCGCUUUGAAGCUCUUCGUUGGGAACUCCAGCACAGCCGCCCUUACUGGGCGGCGGGGGCCCACCGUGGGGCGGGGGACGUUGUCUGGAGGCAGGCCUUCAGAGCGGAGUCGGGGACUGUCAGAGGUCUGGUUAGUGCCUCUAUGGUUUGGGACUUGCGUAAGUACUACGAGCAUAUCGACCUCGGCUUUCUCUGGGUUAAGUGCAAGCAGCAUCAGUUCCCCUUAGGCAUCGCGCGCCUUGCUAUUCACGCCUACUCUUUGCGCGAGGCGUUCGACUCCAUCCCGAGGGGACCCGAUUUUGAUGUGUACGUUGAUGAUUUGAGCCUCAGCGCGAAUGGCAAGCCCAGCUUUGAUUUGAAGCAUCUGGUUUCAGGCGCUAGAGCUCUGCACUCUGUGAUCUCGUCGACGCUCAAGUGCAAGUUGGCUAUGGACAAGGUUGGCAUGGUCUCCAGCAGCAAGCACGUUUCGGCUGCGCUCUCUGCCGAGCUCGGGGGCUUAGUCGGCGAUCCAGCUUGCACUCGGGUGACCAACUAG